UCUGGAGUGCGCCAUCUCCCGACCCGUACCCGUCCAUGACACCUGUUAAUAAAAAAACAGGUACCUGCCGACCACAGCACAAUAUUCUAACAGGAAUUGUCUAGGCACAAUACAAGCAUCAUUCAACGCGGAAAUAAUGACGAUUCACGUCGUACGCGUAUCACGAAAAACGCCCUUGCGUUUUGUGUGCAAACUUGUGCACAUACAUGUACGUACUGCAGAACUAGUCGAUACCAUCACCUUAAUUAUCGGCGCGUGGCGCUAACGUGCACUAUACUUCAGCUAGUACCUGCACACACGUACGUACGCCACUCACAUGUCACAGAUCUGGCUAGAACGAUACACGAUUACUUGACUGAAGCAUAGACUGAAGAUACAACCGUAUUACAACAGCAACUUAACGACUUUCCUUGUUGGAAAAAUGUCUGCCUCUAAUCCAGUACUAGUAAAAAGACUGUUAGAAGUUUUGAAAAAGCCAGGGAAUGAUGUUUGCGCAGACUGUGGUGAUAAAAUCGUUUUCGACGACAACGUAGGAAAACAAAGUCAUGACGCCCAAGCGAAUUGGUGUUCCCACAACCUGGGCGUGUUCUUAUGUGUACCAUGUGCCUCAGUGCAUCGCAAGCUUGGUGUCCACAUAAGUAAAGUGAUGUCUGUUCAGUUGGAUAAAUGGAACGAAGACCAGGUUGAAUUUAUGGAAGUGAAUGGCAAUCUUAAGACCAAGGAAAGGUAUGAAUUAGACGUACCAGUGAGUUACCGGAGACCAGUGUUACCCUCAGACCCAGAGGUGGUCCGUGAGCAGUGGAUCCGUGGUAAGUAUGAGCGACAGGAGUUCAUCAACGUCAAUCUGCAGAAGUAUCGUACCAAAGAGAUGGAGGGAGUGAUGUGGAAAAAACUGAGGGACAAGCAGAACUUUAUGGAGCGACGAUUUGUCCUCUCAGAGACAGACUACACCAUCAAAUACUACAACAAAACAGAUGCCAAGGAGCCUAAGGCUGUCAUCGAUCUUGGGAGUCUCAAUGUGGCCUUCUGCCAGGACAAGGUAGGCAAUCCCAACGGAAUGCAGCUUUACUUUGAGCAGAAAGGUGGGGAGAUUCGCAACAUCUACGUCUACACUGACACUGGCAAAGAGAUCAUAGACUGGUACAAUGCAAUCCGUCACAUGAAGUACAACCGUCUCAUGGUGGCCUUCCCAGGUGGCCUUGGCCAGGAGGAGGUAACUAGGCUGCUGAACAGAGGAGAAGUCUUGAAAGAAGGUUGGCUGCAUAAAACAGGCUCUAAGGGCAAUGAAGCUUUCAGGAAGCGUUGGGUGGUCCUCACAUACAGACGGAUUACCUACUUUGAGACACCCUUGGAUGACGUUUGCAAGAAAUCAGUUGUGCUAGGAACAAACACAAAGGAGUACAAGUGUAUAGAAGGAGUGCCCCCGGGCAAGCUAGAGCAGGGCUUUGCCUUCACCUUGCGGGUACCAGGCCGGGAUUUCUUCUUCUCAGCAGAGACAGGAUUAGAGCGCAGGAUGUGGAUGGAUGCCAUUAAUAAAGAGAUAGGCACUAUGAGUAACAAAGAUAAUUAGUAACCCUCCCCUCAAAAAAAGUUUGCGAUACUUGAAUGCAGUUUCUGUGGAAUUCUGUUUUCCAUUUAUAGAUAAUUAAGAAUUGCUUUAAAGGGUUUUUUUUUUGGUUUAUAUAUCUAUACUGUAAUAUAAUUCCGUGCGUAGACUAAUUUUGCCUCUGUAUUUACAAGCUGUUACUGGGUUAUUACCACGCUCAUUGGUAGGACACACAUGUGAACUGCAUGCUGUUGUGACCAGUUGGCCUGCCAAAGUGCACACGUCUCCAAUUCCAGUUUGUAUACAAAUGAGGUUCUGCAGAGGUACUUUCUCUUUCUUUCAGUAGCAUUUUGCUUAACUGUAACAGUCUUAACAUUGUGAUAACAUUGAAAUACAGACAUGCUGACAAUUGUAAAUGUAGCCUGCCGUCCUGGAGUGAAUUGUGAGUAAUUGAAAGGUUGGAUUUCAAUACAGGGGAGGGAAAUGUGUUUUACUUUUGAUAACCGAAAGUUAUGAUAUAGGACAGGACUGAAUGUCGGGUCAAUUCCCUACAUAAACCUUAUUUGUUUAUUUCUUCAAAUAUUGAAAUAUCAUCCAAAAAUGCAGAAAUCUAAAAAGGAUGUAUGCUUUUAAAAAGAUGAUUUCCAUGCCCUUCAAAGUAUUGACGGUCUAGAACCAAGCCAUAUUUAGCUUAUUUUAUUCCCGUCAUUUACAGGUUGGCAUUCUAAAGCUUUUGCAAGUUUAAUACAGUUUUAGAAAAGAUGUCUUGCUGAGGAGAAUGUGCUCAUCGUCAAUGUGUAAUUAACGGGGUAUUUUUCCCCAAAGGUUCAUUGUGUGUAAUGGAAGUGCCUUCUAUUUUUGGUUAUCAGCUCAAAUUAAAGCAGUGACUUAAAAAGUAUGCAAAAGCUUUCAUCUUAGAAUUUGUUCAAUCUCUCCCUGUUGAAUUAACUUAUAAGAACUAACACUAUAUUUCUCCAGAAAGACUUUUUUAUAACAUCACUAAAUUCUUGUUUUAAACAAUAUUUUUCUAUUGGCCAUGCAAAUAUGAAUUUCUUCCUACUUCAUAUGCUUUAUUUUUUUGUAAUAGUUUUGUAAUUGUUAACAAAUAUAGCAAGUUAUAUAAUUGUCUAUGCAAAUUAUUUUCUACAAUGGGAUUAAUGUUAAUUCAUUAGAAGAUAUGUAAAGAAUAUUUUGUAAAAACUCAACACUAAAAUAUGCAACCCAAGUGCUUUAAUGUAAUGUUAAAGCUGCAGAAAAUACUAGCAGCUGCCUCGGUUUGAAAAAAUUGAAUUUGCAUUAGUAUUUUACUGGUCAAAGGUGUCAAACGAAACUGUGACACAUCUUGUAGUAUCAGGUCACAACACAUUUAAUCAAAUGGUCUUAUGCAAUUUGUUAAAAAUAUAAAUCAAUUCUAUUUUUUUUAGUAAUCUAAGAAAAAAUGUGUGCAUUUGUUUAGCAAAGAAUAUAAUAUGCUAGCGUAGUUUUAGAUGCAAAAAAACAAAAUCGUUUGUGUUUAAAGAGUUGAGAAAAUUUAAAUCAAAGGACCAGUAAAAAACAUUGCUAGUCAUCAACUUGGCAGCUUUCCUGUAUUUUCAAAUUUUAAAGGGCUUCUAGAGAAAUUGACCUAUAGCCAGCCAUUCGCAUGUCAAAAUUUGAAUGCAAAUGCUGACAAUUUAGGAUGUGUACUUGUGUGCAGUAAAUGCUUUGAGAGCGUGUGUGUAAUGCGCAUGCCGUUGUUUUACGCUAUUAUAAUAACUGGAUUUAGUAGCAUGUAUCUCGCACCGCACACACAAGCGUACACAAGCGUACACAAGCGGCUCGUCUAAGGGGUGAGGCUCACGGCAAUAGGUAAAUUCUGUCAUACAAUAAAAUAUAUUGUGCUCCUUUUCGCGUUUCAUUUUCAAAGCUGAAUUUACUCAAGAUAUAUUUUAACAUGCAACCAAUUUCCAACAAGCAUUCCUAUGAAUUAACUUGCUGUGUGUAUAUUUGUAUAAUUGGGACUGAAAAUGUAAUUUGAAUGUUAAUGGAUUUGUUUGUAUACACUUAAUAUCAGGUGUCUGGAUUGAAUCACUUCAUAAUGUGUGUAAAACAAACUUGUAGAAUUAAUACUUAAUAUGCAUGACAGCAGUGUAACAUGAAUUAAACUUUCUCCAAAAAAAGAAA